GUACUUCCAAAUGGGGCUGGCCCGGAGUGCACUGGCGCCUACCGAGGCGGCUUACAUAAGGAACACGAUCGCGCGCGAGGCGACGACCGACCGAGCAACGUCUCAGUGAAUUCCUUUGUCCGUACAUCUCGGCGUCGUAUAUACAUCACUCAAAACAGUCAGCGCUGGGACGCCGUCCCUCACGAGGAGGAUGAUUUCGCGCUUCAGCAGGGCGUUCCUCGCCAUUGCUGUGUCUUUGCUUUUCAUUGGAUCCAUCGCAUUGUUGCACCCUCCAACACGCGCAUACAUCGACCCGUGGACCGGGGAGCUGUUCGGAGAGGGAGGCGUCGAGAAGGAGCUGCAUAGCUUGCCUGCCAUUCAUGGCGAGGCAGUACACGGCGGCGUGAUUAUGACGAAGCUGGGGAAUGCGACUGCAAAGGCGGAACUAGGGAGGGCGACGUGGAAACUGCUACAUACGAUGACACUGAGGUUCCCAGAGGAACCAACACAAGAUCAGCGGAACGCACUAGACAGUUACUUCCACCUCUUCUCUCGAUUAUACCCCUGCGGCGAGUGCGCCGCCGAGUUCCAGCAACUGCUCAAGAAAUAUCCUCCUCAGACAUCCUCCCGGAGAUCUGCAGCGACAUGGCUCUGCUUCGUGCACAACCUUGUGAACGAGCGCCUCGGCAAGCCCGAGUUCGACUGUGCGAACCUCGACGCGACGUACGACUGUGGGUGCGGCGACGACCCGUCCGGGGCAGGGUCGCCUGGAGCGGGCCAGAGCGACCCCAUGGACCUCGAGCGCGACCUCGGCAAGGAUGAGCUCACCGGUGUGGGUAUGAUCAAAGGCGGCAGGUAGUGCACUCUGCUGCAAGAUUAAUGCUUGAGAUUGGUUUGUGGUGUGCAGGGGACUCUUGUUUAUCUGGCUUGCGAAGUGAGUCGCACAGAAGAGCAUGUCACUCAGAUGCCCGGGCCCAAGACUUCCGAGGACGAUACGUUGAACCGGUAUGACUACCAAUGAACUGGUACCCCGCACCCGCCGCGGCCAGCGAAGUUUGCUGUCACGCUCACUAGUGCUGCCGCUGGGCCUUCCCCCAUG